CUUGCCGAUGUCCUUACACAUGAUGUUGCCGAGUUGAUGGGGUAUUGGGCCUCUCUCCCCACUGUUGCUUACCUGCAUUUGCUUCCACGCGCUGACGUUGAUUCUUGGGUCACGAGAACUUGGCAUACCUGCAUUCCCAACCUUCUUACGUUUAUCGCUGGGCAUGGGCAUGGCUUGGCCCUGCGAGAAUGGGGUAUACAGCUUGCGCAUUGUCUGGUUCUCCGGAGUACGAGCAAAGACUCAGCCCAGCACACAAGUGACCUGUGUAUUCAACUCACGGACGCAUGGUCUAUUGGUCAGCACUCGCACGCCUUCAGCCUCUUGCGGCAGUGCGGCGCUGGCUCCAAAAAGCGGCUUAGCCAGAACCAUUUGCCUAUCCUUUUGAACGACAGUGGGCAACUUGUGGCUACCCAAGAAGAGGCUGGAGAUACCUGGGUCAGGCAGUUUGCGCAGAUGGAGCUCGCAGCUCGGAUUCCUUGUGCGGAUACGGCUACGCUGAAUCAUCCAUUUGAUAUUACACCUUUCCGCUACAAGCUGGAUCCCGCAGAGUGGCUUGAGGCCCUUCCCACCCUCCAGCUCUUCGAGGCCACCUGCAGCACGGCUCGCAAGUCAGCGGCUGGCUUGGACAAGAUCUCCGGAGAGCUCCUGGCACAUUUCGCCAGUGAGCUGGCUCGGGUGUAUUAUCCGCUGUUGCUCAAGACUACUCUCGUGCAAAUCGAGCCGAUAUAAUGGAAGGGUGUUUUUUUUAUAGGGACUUGCUUAAGAAGGGCACGCUGGACCCAGCGAUCCGCGACAACAGCCGAUCUAUCCUGGUGUCUUCGCAUAUCGGCAAAGCGGCCCGCAGAUGCGUGUGUACCAAGCUUGUCUCCGCAGUGUCGCAGUUCGUUGGCCCUUUCCAGUUUGCCAGUCUUCCUGGUCGCGGUGCCACUCCAGCCGCCCUUAUUGUGCGACAGAUGCAGGAUUUGGCUGCGGUUUCCAAGGUGUCCUUCGGGUCCCUCUUCAUUGAUGCCGCUUCGGCUUAUUACCGAGCCCUGGGAGAACUGAUCAUGGUCACCGAGCUUUCAGACGAGAACAUUGCGCGCAUCGUUCAAGCUGCCGGGCUCCCGCCCGAGGCAAUGCACCAGUUGGCCCAACAAUUGAAACAGCAGAUGCCGCUCCAUGAGCAGGCGGGUGUUUCCAAGGCAGUGCAGGCCCAAAUUUCUGAGCAUUAUCGGGCACCUUGGUUCACGUGCGCGUCCGCAUCCACGUUGGCUUUUCCACAGCGUUCUCUUCUCCCAGGCCAACCGCUGGCUGACUUGCUAUAUGCGUUCAUUUCGCGGACGUUUUCACGGAGAUUGACGACGCUAUGAAGGCGAUGGGAAUUGCGAUGGCACUGCCUACGGAUAUGACUCGUUCUCUGGCUGCGCAUCUGGCUGACCCUGCCCAGCUGGGAGGCAACGCUACUCUCAGCAACGUCGCUUUCGCAGACGACGGUACGCUACUUAUCUUGUGCCCUGCUGCUUCCGUCGUGCUUUGCUUGGAGCGCCUGCUCGUGUUGGCGGCGGACAGCAUGGCCAGAAGGGGCCAGGUGCUCAACUACAAUCCGGGUAAGACUUCGGCACAUGUCUCAUUCCACGGCCCUGGAACUACUCAGGCGCGGCAGGACCUUUGGGUGCGGGACGGUGGAGUUCGGAAGGUUGUGUCUCACCUACUGGGCCCAUUGGCGCUCAACUUCGUCCACACAUAUCAACAUCUUGGAGGUUGGUGUGAUGAUAAGGGCUCCAUGUGGCCUGAGGUUCUUUAUCGUCGAGCUUCGCCCGGAACGUCUGCCAAAGCGUUGCAGAGGAAAAUCUACGGCAAUUCUGAUGUUCACCUGCAUGCCAAGAUACAUUUCACGGACAGCCUUGUGCUAUCCGCCCGGUUGUUCAACGGAGGCGCCUGGCCUGAUCUGACCUCGGCUGUUAAAGAUUACGUGCAUGCUGGCGCCAUGCAGCUUUAUCGUGCUGCUGCGAGGGGCUCCCUGGCGAGCGCCGGCCAGCACGUUACGGAUGCGAGUGUCUUGGCGCAGGUGAACAGGCCGCUGCCUAUGCUUGUAUUGCGGGCCGAGCGACUACGACUUUUUGCUGUUCUCUUGGGAGGAGCGCCGCUUUCUGUUUUCGCUCUUCUCGGUCGCGUCUUCGUGUUGAAGGAAGCCAUCCGUCAACGACUGCAGCUUAGUCGGCCGACUGUUUGGGCGCACCUUCUCUUCGAUGACCUGCGUUGGCUGCAGCAGCACGUGCCCGACAUGAGCGACCUCCCUGCUCUCCCUCAGGGUCUCCGUAAAUGGGGGCACUUUAUCCUCGAGUCCCUGGUUUGGUGGAGCGUUUGGUCCGCGCGGGCCUGGGAGCGGACGCUGCGCAUCGGGCCAGGAUCCAGCAGGCCGCUGCCGCUCAAAAUGCAAUCUUCCAGGGCCUCUUCGCUGCAGGCGUGCCGUCUCCUCAGUACCCCCUCAGCGUCACAAAUGACCCCGUCCUGCCAGCACGCGCGCUGUCUGGCUCGCCCGCCCCGCCGCACGCGUGCCCAUGGUGUCGGCAACACUUUGACAAACUACAGGGCCUUCGCACGCACAUUUCCCGCGUACACCGUUAGCGUGCUCGAUUUGCUCGUCGUUGGGCGCAGACCCUACCACAGUGCCAAGCAUGCUUUCGUGUCUUUCAUAAUCGCGAGCUGCUCAUCGAUCACCUCUCUAUUGAUGCUCCAGUCUGUUUGGUGGUUUGCAUCCACUUGGGCCCUGCCUCGAGCGCUCUGGACUUUGACGGUCGUGCUCCCCGCGUACAUGCAAAGCUCCGGCGGCGCGCUGCCGUCCCGACCUUCAGGGCUCCCGGAAUCCUGUCUAAUUUGGCGCAGGAUUUAUUUCGGCACCUUGCUCCCGCUGAGGCCCGGGCUAUCCCACUGGACUCAGACCCGGCGUUAUCCGAUGAGGCGAGGGCUCCUUUGACGGAGCCGCAGCUGGAGGUGCUUCCGCGGCCUGCAGAUCCAGUCGAAGAGGCCGUCCCCGAACGGUACCCGUUGGACUUAUUUCGUACGUCGGAUUAUUCUGGAUCCAUGGCCACUCGUUUUCCGGUCAAAGUCAAAAGAGUCGAGUUCUACAUGGUGCAUCUGUUUUGCGGGCGCCGACGCGAUGGCGACUACCAGGCGCAGCUGGAAUGGGCGCAACAUGCGACUGAUUUCACCACCGUGGUCCUGAGCGUUGACAUCGCGAUUGAUGCUGACACAUGCCAUUUGAGUCAUCCUGAUUCCCUGGCCGUUUGGUCCCGCCAUGUGCUUGCUCGUCGAGUUGUCCUCACUGGCGGUGGCCCUCCCGGCGAUACUUGGUCUCCAGCGCGGUGGUUGGAGGGCCCUGGCCCGCCCCCACUUCGCACCCAUGGCGCGUUCUGGGGAGUUUGCAAUGCCACAGCACGGCAGGCACGGCAGCUCAACAUAGGCAACACGCUGCUCAUAGCUUUGGUCACCCUCCUGUCGAAGCACGCCGCCGUGGGCACGAGUGGUUGGAUGGCGCAUUCGUCAUCAUGCGAAUGGGAGGCUCGGGCUCCCAGCAUAUUCUCAUGGGCCCCACUUCGGGCUCCCAUGCUGGCGCCCAUCACACACGCAGUCGAUACUGAUCAGUGCGAGUUCGGGGCGGCCGCUUGUGCCCCUACUCGUUUUCUCGGCCUCCGGAUGGAGCGCUUUGUGGAUUGCCUCACCGACGCGCCGGGGCGAGGAACACGCUCGCACGGAAGGGGCGCACAUCAGACCGCGAGGGGCUCCGAGAAGCAGAAAUCGAGUCCAGUCCAGAAGAUGUACCCGCCCUUGUUGUGCGCUGCCCUCGCGAGGUCCACGAUGCUUACUAUCAAGACCUUGUGGGACACCGACACUGACUCGUACCCGGAAGAUUUGCUGGGCCCAGAGGAUGCCCAAGCGGAGUUGUUGGCUUUCUACGUGGGUUGGGAUCCAUAUGGGAUUUCGUGGGCCCCUGACGUCGUCGACGCAGCUGGUCAUUCUCGCAAGUGCCGUUGCGACCCUGAGAAGCAUCUGUUCCGGGCGCCUGGCCCUGCCGUGGUCGAUGAGCCUCUUGCCGAGACGUCCCCGGAUGCCCUUACCGAGCAGGACGUGGCGGAUGCCCUCGACGAAGCUGGUGUCGUACCUGAUGUGCCUCCUCCGCUUGGACCUCCCCCGCCGGCCCUCACACCAGAGCAGCUGGGCCGCAUCGCGGCCAACCGUGAGACGGCCCGUGCGAGGAGAGUCUCACGGCUCCAAGCGGUUCGCGCGGCACGCCAUCAGGCCGUGGCCCCAUGGGCGGGUCAAGGCUUACGGUUUUCAUUUUAGUCACGAUUGUUGUUUAUUUGGGUACUGGCUGAUGGACGCCAGGGCGGCUAUUGAGAUCGUGUCACUAAUGUUCUUGGUACUUGCUUAUUGCAGCCACGGUGUCGUGUAGUGUCCUCCUACGCGCUGGCAGCACUAUGCGGCGAAGGUUUUCGGAACAGCCAACAUGGAGGUAGCUGUGCAACUUUACGUGCCUGGCCGGAGGUGUGGUGACGUCUACCCGGCCGGCGGCGUGGCGACGUUAGAUUGGUUCGUUUUCUUUUGUGGUAUCUGACCCUCACGCUCACCUGCUGGUGAUUUUGGGCGUACCGGCCUAUCCGCGCGACAGAGGCCAUGCAGCUUUGGAUCGUUGUGAAUGCUGUCGCAGCGGUGAGUGGGGCACCGACUCCGUGACAUUUCACGGCCGCGGCACGUUCAGUUUCUAUGACACUGCUCGCUCAUACUGCACAGCUCCUUUCCUGGUUAGCGCAUUGGGCUAUCACACGUCGGCCUGACGUUAAUUUCUGCUUCGCAGUCAAGCAGCGGCGCUCUUCCAGGUUUGGGUUUCGAGAGCAUGCACCCGCAUUCCUGAUGGCUGAUGGCAUCGCUCAAGUACGCGACGCGCCGAGCUCGUGACAUCUCAAGCCGUGGCGCCUCAAUGGUCAUUUUUGGAUGUACCAGCCUAUCCGCGACAAACGGCCUCCACGACAUUCGUUCGUGUCCUCCGGGGCACUGUUCACAAUGAGGCUGACGUUGCUCAUGACAUCGAAAGCUCCGGCAGAGCUGAUGUACCACUGGAUUUCCUAAACAAGAUGUUGCAAGUUCCCCCUGCAGGGUUUCUGAAGCAGUCGUUGGUGCAUUUUGUCUGCACCAAUGCGGCGGUUCUGGUUGUCGACUCUGCCAAACAAUGUGAUGAUCCUCCAUUGGUGGUGACCUGCCAGAUAAUGAGCCGGACCAGCCUGCACGCAUGAUGGCGAUGCGCUUUGCUGUAUUUCUUCUCUGCUUCUCCCUCCUCCCUUCUCCUCCGCUGCUGGUUUCUGCCUCCCUCUCGCAGUCAGUUAUUUGCUUC